UUUCGACUUACGGGUUCAAGAUGAACAAAGUGUGCGCUAUUUUUGGAGGUUCCCGGGGUAUUGGCAGGGCAGUAGCCCAGUUAAUGGCCCAGAAAGGCUACCGACUGGCGAUCAUCGCCAGAAAUCUGGAAGUGGCCAAAGCCGCCGCAGGUGACCUCGGCGGAAAUCAUUUAGCAUUUAGCUGUGAUGUUGCUAAAGAACAUGAUGUUCAACAUACAUUUGAAGAGAUGGAGAAACAUUUAGGUCAAGUAAAUUUUUUGGUAAAUGCAGCUGGUAUUAACAGGGAUAGUCUUUUAGUAAGAACAAAAACCGAAGAUAUGAUAUCUCAACUUAAUACUAAUCUCUUGGGUUCUAUGCUGACUUGUAAAGCUGCCAUGAGGACUAUGAUUCAACAACAGGGAGGGUCUAUUGUUAAUGUAGGAAGUAUUAUCGGUUUAAAAGGCAAUUCUGGCCAGUCUGUGUAUAGUGCCAGUAAAGGAGGAUUGGUUGGAUUUUCACGUGCACUUGCUAAAGAGGUAGCACGAAAGAAAAUUAGAGUGAAUGUAGUUGCACCAGGAUUUGUUCAUACAGAUAUGACGAAAGACUUGAAAGAAGAACAGUUAAAGAAAAGCAUUCCUCUUGGAAGGUUUGGAGAAACCAUUGAGGUGGCACAUGCAAUUGUGUUUCUUUUAGAAUCACCAUAUAUUACAGGACAUGUUCUAGUAGUGGAUGGAGGGUUACAACUUGUGGUAUAAUUUAGAGAUUGUUCAGUUAUAAUGGUGAUUAGAAUGAAGUCAUACUUUAGCUAUUGAUAAGACAAUCAUACUACCUGGUGACACUUGCUAAUCAAACCUACUGAUGCUACCAAUGUUGAUUUCCUUCUUUAUAUAAAUGUUUGAAAAGAA